AGUCUCUACAACUGGAGUCCAGCAGGAGAACAGAAGAGGAGCGGGAUUAUCUCCAGGAGGAGGAUGAAGAUGAUGAUGAAGAUGAUGAUGAUGGAGGCAGUGCCGUGUCGACUGGUGUUUCUCGCCGUGUUCUUCGGAUCCCGGGUCCAGCAGACUGAAGGUCUACAGUGCUACUGCCACCGCUGCCCGAACCACACGUGUACGACGGACGGGCUGUGUUACGUGUCCAUCACCCGCGCGGGCAGCUUGACCACACAGCAGAGCUGGUGCAUCGGUAAGGGGGAGCUGGUCCCGCCCGACCGCCCCUUCGUCUGCGCACCGUCCACUAAAGACAACAGCGGCAUCUAUCCGCUCUGCUGCGACACCGACUGGUGCAACAAGGACCCCGACAUCAAAGCAUUCCCAGUGCCGACGCAGAAGCCUCCCGCUCUGGGGCCCGUGGCGUUCGCAGCGCUGAUCGCGGGGCCGGUGUGUGUGCUGUGUUUCCUGAUGGUCACCGUCUUCUACAUCUGCCACAGCCGCUCCGUCAUUCACCACCGCGUGCCCAGCGAGGAGGACCCGUCCCUGGACCACCCCUUCAUCACUGUGGGCACCACACUCAAAGACCUGAUCUAUGACAUGACCACAUCUGGAUCUGGCUCCGGUCUGCCUCUGCUGGUGCAGCGUACGAUCGCUCGCACCAUCAUCCUGCAGGAGAGCAUCGGUAAGGGCCGGUUCGGGGAGGUGUGGCGCGGCCGCUGGAGAGGAGAGGAGGUGGCGGUGAAGAUCUUCUCCUCCAGAGAGGAGCGCUCCUGGUUCCGGGAGGCCGAGAUCUACCAGACCGUCAUGCUGAGACACGAGAACAUCCUGGGCUUCAUCGCCGCAGACAACAAAGAUAACGGCACGUGGACUCAGCUGUGGCUGGUGUCGGAUUAUCAUGAGCACGGUUCUCUGUUCGAUUACCUGAACCGCUACACAGUGACUGUAGAGGGGAUGAUCAAACUCUCCCUGUCCACCGCCAGCGGCCUCGCUCACCUGCACAUGGAGAUCGUCGGCACACAGGGGAAGCCUGCGAUCGCCCACCGGGAUCUGAAGUCUAAGAAUAUCCUGGUGAAGAAGAACGGCACAUGCUGUAUUGCAGACCUGGGGUUGGCCGUCCGGCACGACUCCGCCACCGACACCAUCGACAUCGCUCCCAAUCACAGAGUCGGCACCAAACGGUAUAUGGCUCCAGAAGUGCUGGAUGAUUCCAUAAACAUGAAGCAUUUCGAGUCCUUCAAGAGGGCUGAUAUCUACGCCAUGGGCCUGGUGUUCUGGGAGAUCGCCAGCCGCUGCUCUAUCGGAGGUAUUCAUGAAGAUUAUCAGCUGCCGUAUCAUGAUCUGGUCCAGUCAGACCCGUCAGUGGAGGAGAUGCGGAGGGUGGUGUGUGAACAGAAACUGAGGCCAAACAUCCCCAACAGAUGGCAGAGCUGCGAGGCUCUGCGUGUGAUGGCUAAGAUCAUGCGGGAGUGCUGGUACGCUAACGGAGCGGCUCGACUGACGGCGCUGCGCAUCAAGAAGACUCUUUCCCAGCUCAGCCAGCAGGAGGGAAUCAAGAUGUAGAUCCUCGCCGAGCAUUCUGGGAAACGCUGUUCACACGGACUGCAUCAGCAGCACAGCGGCGGCGGCGGAUCUCCAGUUUCUAGCCUCCGGACUCCAGCUCGGGUUUGUGUGCAGAAAAACUGAUUUCUGUGGGACCUUCUUUUGCACCUUGUGUUUGAGCUUCUCACUGCAGUUCUUCAGGUUUUUCUUUAUUUUUGCAAAAAAAAACAACAACACCGACUCAUUGGGGAUUCGUCAACAGGGGCACGUGCUUGGAGAUUGUUAAAUAUGUGCCCUGGCAUACAUCCUAAAACUAAAGCUUCUGUUCCUUUCCAAACUACCACUGACCGCUUGCCUC